GCGUGCGGACGGACGCGUGGCGAGCAUGUCGGAGGCGAAGAAGGACGGGCUGCUGCCGCCCAGGGGAUCGUCAAGGAAGGCCAUGGGGCCGCGCGGGCGAGGAGGAAGCCGGGGAGAGAGCAAUGGGGGAUGGAAGAAGCCUCGUGUAUGCGGAGUUGACAUGAGAGGGUUCGAUGGUGAGCAUGUGAACGAGAGCAAUCCGUUCUCCCAAGCACCGCCCCGCAAGAGGUAGCGACGUUUCAUGGCAACCGUGUUCGGCGGAACCCAGGAUUGUAUGGCAGUUGGUGCGAGUAAAGUCUCAAGAAACGAGUCGUGCGUCGCGCGGCAGACGGACGGCCUGUGCGAGUGAAAAGAAGGGGGGCGGCAAGGACCCGCCACCCCUCGUUGACGGCCUGAUGCUGCACGGUGGAUCGAACAACUGAAACUGACGCAACUCCAGGUGAUCUCGCCGUGGCGAAAUCGAGAUCAUUCGACGGCCCCAGGCAGCUUUCCGCACAGCUCCAAGCUCGAAGCUGGCAACCCAGUAACCACACGAGUGAAAGCGUGACCAAUAUCCCGCCAUGGAGUAGCACUCGCGCCACCUCGACCCCAUGAGUCGGCGAGUUCGCUCGAUUGGGCCAAGCGGUCUCCGCUUGAAAAGCCAGCGACGCACCACCUCGGCACUAGAGCAGCACCCAUCCGUCACCAUCAUGACUUCAGCACGCGCAACAUCAGUCUGCGAGCUCAUGCUGGCCAGAAACGGCCUUGUGGCUAACGCAGCACAUGGGGACGAGCUUCUGAAAUAUUACGAGAUGUAGAGACGCUACGAACCUCAGCAUCCUAAAUCUUGGGAGCUCGUUGGCGUGGCAUUCCGCUCCGAGGGCAAUAAAACGCCAGCCCUGUGAACCCACCACAAUGCCCCCCUUGCGGAUAUAAAGCAGGCAGGCACCUUCACAUCUCCACGCAUUACCAGACAUUCAAAACAAAAAUACUAGACGCGACAAUUCAGCCUUUCCUGUGCACAGGAAGUGGUUUGCCUAGAUCCUGUUUCAGCGAUGCUCUGACCGCAUUGGAUGUUGUUUGACGGUGAUUGGACAGAAUGACACGGGCAGGGAUCACAGGGCAUGAUAUGAAUUAAAGCCCCCGUCUCAUAAUUCUAGGAUCCGACCAAGUGUAAAAUGCUUGGUACCCAGUUACGCUGGCGAAUUUGAAGAGACAGGCAAGGAAGUACCUCGGACAGUGUGUUUCUUGCUGGGGGGCGAGACCAAUUGUAAAACCAGCAGUGAAAUAUGAGAAUGAGCAAGUUCACGGAAGAAUGGGGACGUUGGACCGUUCGAUCGUCUAGAAAUUCGGAUCCGACGGUUCAGCGAGUGUAUUACUAAAUCUACCGCUGUAAACGAAGUAGAAUUUGGCUGUGCAGGAAAAUUGGAUUCUGCACCGUCCGAUGUAAAACGAACCUCCAGACUGAUGUGCAAAACCUAUCGCGAGCCACCCUUCCCCAAACCUGUUUUUGGUUCGGGUGUUUUGCCGAAACAAAAUGGUCUCGCCACUUGCGUUUCGUUUUCGUCAUUUUUUUUAUACCUCGCCUACCAAUCAGAGUUUGCCUGCUCCAACCAAGUUGGAUUGGGGUGUACUCACAAAUCCCAACCUCACCCAAUUGUGAUCCCCCCAAUCUCCAAUUACCCAAUUAGAGAUUCCGGAGAUCCCAAUGGGGAUUCCCUCCAAUUCC